AUGGCAAGCAUGAAUGAAUCCGACAAUGAGAAACCUGGCUUCGACAUUGUAGAGGCCACCAUCGUGGACCACAGCGCCGCCCUCCUUUCGGGCAGAACAAGCAGUGUCGACCUGGUCAUUGCAUAUCUAAACCGUAUUGCCCGCUACGACACAUGCAAGGGUCUCGGUGCCUUUACUGUAUUCAACGACAAUGUCCUUGAAGAAGCAGCUGCCUCUGAUGCAUGUCGGGCACAGGGUCUGAAGCCACGACCCCUAGAAGGCAUACCCUACACGAUCAAAGACAGCUACAAGGUCGCUGGAAUGACUGCAACUGCAGGAUCCCCCGCACUCAAGGGAGUCAUGUCAAGUGAGGACUCUGCAAUUGCAAAGAAAUUGCGGAAUGCAGGAGCAGUUCUGAUUGGAAAGACAAAUAUGCCGCCUAUGGCAGCGGGGGGUAUGCAAAGGGGAAUGUAUGGUCGCGCAGAAUCGCCCUAUAAUUCAAAGUAUCUUACAGGAGCCUUCUCCUCUGGUUCCUCCAACGGAGCAGGAACUUCGGUAGCGGCAAGCAUGGGGGCUUUCGGCAUGGGCAGUGAGACUGUUAGCAGCGGACGCAGUCCAGCUUCAAACAAUGCCCUCGUCUGCUACACGCCAUCCAAAGGACUACUGAGCUGCCGAGGACUGUGGCCGCUGUAUGUCACAUGCGACGUACCCACACCGUAUGCGCGCUCGGUUGGUGAUAUGCUGGAGAUUCUAAAUGUGAUUGCUACACCGGACGAAGAUACGACAGGAGACUUUGUGCGAGAACAAAAGCAUGUGCAAAUACCCCAGCCCCCUCAGAUAGACUACACUACUCUGCGUAAUACUCAAGCGUUCAAAGGGAAACGGGUUGGAGUCCCACAAAUGUAUGUCGGCCAGAAAGACUCGGAUCCAUACGCAAAGCCUACCUACGUUUCACCAGAAGUCAUUGCACUGUGGGAAAACGCAGCCAAAACCCUCCAAAAUCUAGGCGCAGAAAUCGUUUACACCGACUUUCCCCUCGUUACAAAUUACGAAAACGACUCCGUAUCCGGUGAAGCCAAUAAUGUGCAAGGACAACCAGCAAACUGGAACCUCAUGGAACGUAGCAUCCUCAUCGCGCAAUCCUGGGACGCCUUUCUCGUGGCAAACAACGACGCCAAAAUCAAAUGUCUAGCAGGCAUCCAAGAUUCCGCAAUGCUCUUCCCCAAACCCCCAAACUACAAACCCGACACCUUCCUCGAAGUCCGCAACUGGAUCGAUUACGCCGGCUUACCCAAACUCGUCCAGUCCAACAGCAUCCAUGAGGUGGAAGGUUUAGAACAAGCCCUCAAGGCCCUCGAAGCCCAGCGCAAACGCGACCUAGAAGACUGGAUGGCCACGCACAAUCUCGACGUGCUUGCGUUCCCCGCCCAAGGCGACGUCGGUCUCGCCGACCUCGAAUUCAACCUGGAAAGCACAACGCACAGCCUGCGCAACGGCGUCAAGUACUCCAACGGGAACCGUGCGAUUCGCCAUUUGGGCGUGCCGACCGUCAGUGUGCCCAUGGGCGUCAUGGCGGAGAAGAAGAUGCCGGUUAAUAUCACGUUUGCGGGCCAGGCGUAUCGCGAUGAGAAGUUGCUUGAGUACGCGUAUGCGUUUGAGACGGCGGCGAGGGCGCGGGUUGCACCGCCGUUGACGCCGGGGGUGCCGACGGAUAUGGCUGCGAUGGCGGUGAGGGCGGAGGCGGAGGCUGAGCCGGUGAUAGAUGGUGUGGAGGUCAAGGUGGACGGGAAAUCAGGCUCUGGAGAGAUUUCUAUGGUGGUUCGCGGUACGCUGCGUAAGGCGGUGCCGCAGACUAGUGUGCAGGUCUUCGUUGAUGGCGAACGAGUAGCUGAUAAGACUACGGAUGGCGUCGAGUGGUCUGUUACACACAGCUAUGUGCCUGAGAGACCCCCGAUUCUGGGCUGGGAUCUUAAGCCGUUGCCGCCUAGGGAUAUUAUGGUUCUCGUUGUUGUGACGAGAAAAGAUGGCGGUGAGGGAAGUGGAAAGAGGGAGGCUAGAUUGCUUUGGGUACCAUUGGAGAAGUAG